UUCAUUUUAUUAUGAAAUCUCAGCGGAAGUGCCGGCCGCAUCCUCCUCCUGCUCCCUAUCGGCGGUUUUCGGUACCGGUCAGUCGGAGGUCCGUGACCCCGUUACUUUCCUGUAGAACUGUUCUGUAGAACUUGCUGGAGCCGCGCAGAUUUUCAAUGGCGGAACGGUGAGGUCCUGGCCGGGCAAGGAGGACUGUCUCACGAUCACCACACCAAACAUCCAGAAGAUGGUUCAAAGAAAGAAGGCCAUCACAGCGUGAUGUGUGGACAUGGAGGAGGGGGGGCACAGCCACUACGUGGCCCAGCUGAAGGCUGAGUUUGACGGCUGUGACACCACGGCGACGGGUUUCCUGGACCGAGAUGAGCUGACGGAGCUCUGCAGGAGGCUGCAGCUGGACGCUCAGCUGCCACUGCUGCUGCAUAUACUGCUGGGAGAGCGCACGCACAGCAGGGUGAACUUUGAGGAGUUCAAAGAGGGCUUUGUUGAGGUUCUGUCCCGUUCCCUGGGCUUGAGUACCUCAGAGGAGGACAGCAGCUACCUGGAUGCAGCUGUAUUUGAAGAGAUGAAACCAAAAUUUGUGAAGGGGACGAAGCGUUAUGGGCGCCGUUCUCGCCCUGACAGUGAAGCCUGUGAAGUGCUGACCUGUGACUCUGAAGAUUCGCCGCCAUCCAAGAAUGAGGCCGCAGACUCCUCACCACCCGGUGUUCGCAGAGCCAAACAAAGGCGCAGCACGAGCUUGGAGAGUGUGGAGAGCCUGAAGUCUGAUGAGGACACAGGAAGUCAGAAGAGCAUCCAACCUCCCUUUCAGUGUAAAGGAGAGGAGGAGCAGCUGGAAGCAGGAGGAGGGGAUCGUCUCCUGACAGCAGCGUGUGAUCACCUGUCACUGCAGCACUUUCACUCUGAGGACAUGAAUGGGCGCCUCUGCAGGGCAGAAGCUCAGCUGGACGGCAGAGUCAGCAUCACAGAGUUCAAGAGGUUCCUGAGCAGCUCCAGUCCCACCUCCAGGUCCACCCCCAAAAGAGCAGUAGAGCUGCAGAGGGCACCACACAGGGCGCUGCUAGAGGAGCGGCCGGCCCGCUCCGCCACCCCCUCCCUGUUGACAGCCACCGUUGGUCAGAGAGUUCUCAGCCGGCUGGAUGAUGGCUCAGGAUACACCAGCCCAGAACAGGUUGCAGCUCUGUGGACGGAGGAAGGCAUCCGGAAUAGCAGGGACAUCCUGCAGACUCUGGACUUCUCCCCCGAGGAACGUCUCAGCUUGGCAGAUCUCACUUUGGCUCUGGACAACGAGCUGCUGGUCAGCGGAAACGGGAUCCACCAGGCAGCGCUCAUCUCCUACAAGAACGAAAUCCAGCUACUGCAGGAGGCGGCGGAGCAGGCCUGUCGGGAGCGUGACAAGCUGAGGGCCGACCUGGAGGAGGCAGACCACAGGAACCUGCAGCUGGUCCGUGAGGUAGACGACCGACACGCCAGCAUGGAGACGCUGAAUCAGAGCAAGAUCAGAGAUCUGGAGCAGGACUUUAGAGACAGGCUGUUGACGCUUCGCUGUGAGACGGAGCUUGAGAGCGAGGUGCAGCUGCAGCAGGUGGAGCAAGAGCGCCGUGCACUGCAAGAGGAGCUGCAGCUACUGCGAGCACAGGAGGUGGAGCUACAGGAGGAGCUGUGCAACGCUGCUCAGGAGAACCAGCGUUUGGAGGAGGAGCUUAGUGACCUGAAGGUGAAGCUGGCUGAGGCAGAGACUUCCGUGAAUAAACUGGAGGCAGACCUGAGCCAGCUGCUGCUCCACAAGUUUGGAGGUUUGGAUCCAGCCGGGUCUGCUCUGAGUCAUGAGGAACGAGUCUCUGAACUCAUCAAGGAGUAUGAGCUGCGGUGCAGGGUGCUGCAGGACAGGAAUGAUGAGCUGAGCCUAGAGUUGGAGCUCCUAAAGAAUCGGAGGAGUAGACGGCCAGCAGGAGAUGCCUCUGCUCUGAGCUGGAAGCAGCAACAUGCAGAGUCUGACAACUUGGACAUGAAUCGCAGCUCGUCUCCUCCCUUGACACAGCCGGACCAAAAACCAGCGCCGGACGAAGGUCCUGGUCCUAAAGUCAGCAUCCAGACGGAGCUGGCUGUGGAGCAGCUGCAGCAGAAACACAAGCAGGAGCUUCAACAGCUUAGCAUCCAGCUGGAGACCCAGAUGAACUUCUACGAGCGCAGUCUGGAGAAGAUGAGGGAGAGCAUGGAAGUAGAGCGCAAGGACAUCAGUCAGGCCUUCAAGCUGGAGAUCAGUGAGCUGGAGGAGCAGAAGACCUUGCUGGAGCAGGAGGUGAAGCAGCUGAAGGCGGCACUGGACAAACUGCAGAAACACAGUUUACAGGGGGGAGGUGGAGGAGGGGGGAGCAGCGAGCAGGACCGUAGGAUGCAGCGGGAGCGCGCUGAGCUCGAGCAGAAUUUUGCCAAGGAAAUUGGUAAUCUGGGGCAAAAACUGAGCAGCGAAAAGGAGCAGCUGGAGGCGGAGCUAAAGCUGAAAAUGGAUCAGGAGGUGAUGGCUGUCAAGGAGGAAUUGGAGCUCAUUCACCAGGAGCAGCUGCAAAGCUGCAAGUCAUCCUGGGAGGGGCGGCUCAUACAGUGGGAGCUGGAAACACUGCGCUGCCAGGAGGAAAAAAGGAAGAUGGAGGUGGAGCAUAAGGAGGAGAUCCACAGUUUGGAGAAGAAGAUUGUUGCUUUGAAGGAGGAGGUGAAGAAGUUUCAAUCAAAUACAAAUCUAGAGGCGGGGAUUGAAGCUGGCUGCAGCAGGUGCUCAAAGCUGGAGGAGAGCAUCUCCAGCUGCGUGUCUCAAGAGCCCCUCAACAGUUCCACCGUCUCAGGGAAGAGCUCAGAGGAGGAGCUGCAGCUGCUGAAGAGCCGUGAGGAGCAGCUCCUGGUUCAAGUGUCCCAGCUGAGGGCAGAGCUUGAGCAUCUGUCUAGCAGCCUCCUGCAGGAGCGCAACGCAGUUCACCAGCAGCAGCUUCAGCUCCAGGCCACGGAGCAGACCAUCACCUCCCUGCGCUUAGAGCUGAAGAGCCUGCAGGAGGCGCUAAGGAGCAAAUCCAGGUCUGUCUGUAGUCUGGCAGCAGAACUGGACCUGCUGAGGACAGACCGUCACAGGCUGAUCCAAGACCUGAAGGACCAAGCCAUGGCUGUGGACCACCUACAACUGGAGCUGGACAGUGUCUCUGAGGAGCUGAACCAGAGGAGGAGUAAUGAGACCAGCCUUCAGGAGGCUCUGAAACAGGAGCAGAGCCAGACCUCCCAACUGCAGUACAGCCUGGAGGAGCAGCAGGAGGAGGUCUGCCGUCUGACUCAGGAGAAAAACAGCUAUAUGUGCCUGGCAGACCAGCUCUCUGCUCAGAUCCUGGAGAUGGAGGAGGAGAUCUCUUCCCUCAGAGAGCACCUCCGAGGCCUGAGCUCCCAGCUCAACGAGACCGCUGACCUGGUUCUGGAACUGAGGGGGCUGCUCAACUCCAGAACCACAGAGGAGGCUGCAUGUGGGAGAACAGAGUUCAGUGAAAACCAGCAGAAGGAGGCCCAGAACAAAGAGCUAGACCGGGUCAGGGAGCAGGUCUUCCAGCUCCAGCAGGCCCUGCAGAACUCUCAGAACCAGCUGAGUUCAGCUCAGGAGAACUUUGACAGGGAGAAAAGGAGAAUGGUGCAGCAGCUGAUGGACCUUGAGAGGCUGGUUCUGGAACUGGAGAAGGUGAUGGACCCAGACAGUUCUGACAGGACCCAGCUGGAGGAUGUCCGGUCUGAUAACCGAGCUCUGCAAGAGAGACUAAGCAUUCUGCAGCACGAGGUCCAGAAUCUGGAGGAGGACAUUUCCAAAAAGAGGAGGAGGCUGGAGGAGCUGGAGCAGGAGCACCAGAGAAGCAGAGAGGAAGAGGAGCGCCUUCACAAAGAGAACUCCAGAUGCCGUGAGGAAGUUCUGGAUCUAAGUAGCAGGAACCUAAAACUGAGUACCGACAACGGUGAGCUGAGUGCUCGCCUUCGCCAGGAGCAGGAAUCGGUCCAGAAGCUGCAGGAGAUGUCCAAGCAGAAGGAGGAGGAGGUGCAGCGGUUGCAGGAGGCAAUGACGUGGAAGGGGCAGGAGAGGCUGCAGCAGCAAGAGGCCUGGAGGCAGGAAAGACGCCUACUAGAGGAGCAACUCAGCUCCUCUAGGGAGAAGCUGGGACUUCAUCAUCAGUUGGAGGCGGAGCUUAGCAGUCUGACCAAGAAGAUGCAACAACUGCAGGAGGACAAGGAUCAACUUCAAAAAGCCGCAGACAGCAGAGAGGAGCAGCUGCUCUCUGUAAAGGAGGAGGCAGAGCUUCUCCGCACUCAGCUUCACACUGCCACUCAGGAGAAGGUUAGCCACAGCCAGGAAGUUGUUGAGCUGAGGAAAAAGCUGCUGGAGGCCCAAAGCCAGGUGAAGGAGCUACACGGACAAAUCCAGAGGCUGGGGGACCACGAGGAGGAGGUGCACAGGCUUACAGUUAAAAACCAGCAACUCCAGCAGGAGGUGUCUGAGCUGCAGAUCCAGGAACUGCAGGUCCACAAACUGAGCCAGGACCAGCAGACCCUGGGGAGCAAACUGAGCCAGGUGGAGGCGGCCCGGACGCAGGCUCUGGAUCAGGCAGCACAGGCCAACGCCGCUGUCACCCUCCUGCAGGCACAGCUGCAGCAGCAGAAGCAUGAGCUGCAGGAACAGGCGGGUGGGGGCCACAGGGAGCGAGCUGAGCUCCUUCAGGCACAACUGGACAAGGAGGUCAAGAGAAGCCAGCAGCUGGAGGAGGCCCUGAACCUGCAGGUGCAGCAGAGCAGAUCUCAGAUCAAGAUGAAGCAGGACCAGUACGAGAAGGCAAUGUCCGCCCUCCAGGGGCGAGUGGAGGACUUGGAGGUCAAGCUGAAAGGGGUCCAUCUGGUUCUGCAGGAGAAGGUCCAGGAACUCAAAGAGCAGCUGAUAAAGAGCAACAAGAUGAGCGCACUGCUUAAGGACGUGUACGUGGAGAACUCACAGCUGAUGAAGGCGCUGCAGGUCACCGAGCGCCGCCAGAAACUGGCCGAGAGGAGGAACAUCCUACUGGAGGAAAAGGUUGGAGCACUGCACCAACUGCUGCGGGACAUUGUCCCGGCCGCGCUCGCCACCUGACAAUGCCCAGGUGCAGCAGAGGGCUGGAGAACUUUUUCCUGUUUUUGUCUCAUGCUGGCAUGUGUCACACCUGAACCGAGCAGGUGAAGUUUUGAGGAAAGAAUCAUGUCCUACUGUUUCUUAUCCAUCACCUGGAAUGGUCACACCUCCUCUUGCACGAUGGUCCUCGCCGCACAUGGUACAUCUGUAGCUCAUCAAACUAUCUACUCUCAAACCUUUACUGGGGUUUCACUUUCCAGGCUUCCAGGGUUCCAGGGUUUGAUUGACAUCAUCUGAACCCCCCCGUUCCCCAAACACACACCUUUGUUUGCACCUGUUCAGGUGCAGCUUAUCGGAACUUACUUUGGACCAAAGCCAACUAAUAAAUGCAUUUUUUUAAAUCA